ACAACAUUCUGCGUUGUGUCUGACAGUCUGUUUCGAUGUGAUUCCGUGAGGGACUGUCUGCCUGACCUGAACCGGAGCGUUGUUCUGCCAUGCUGCAGCAGAGCUGCUUCUCUCUCCUCUGCUCAGGCCCCCCAUGUGCCAACCUGCACCAUAGAUGUUGCUGAUUCUGGGGGGAGAGUGAGGAGUACCUCCCCUGCACUCUCCACUUCCACCUUACUCCACACCGAGACAUGGUUUAGCCCAACCUGUCCAGCAGUCAAGAUGAUGGCCUCUGUGGUUGCCAACGGAAACAGGAAGAAGUCACUGUCCCUGAAAGGGGUGGACCCAGAAACCUGCAUGAUCGUCUUCAGAAACCACUGGGCACAGGUGGUGAAGAUCUUGGAGAAACAUGAUCCUGUCCAUAGCCGGUCCGGUGUCUACCUUCGUCUCGGUCCAGUCCCCGGUGACGAGGCCAGCGCGGUACAGAACUACGUAGAACACAUGCUGUUCCUGUUGAUGGAGGAGGAAAGUUCACUUUUUAUAGAUCUGUCAUUCUCAUUGAAAGCCACAUCCGAUAAGCAGUAG